AAAAAUCAAGAAGAAGACCACCGUUACCGGGGUAACGUCAACAUCACUCGAGCUGCUGAAUGUUAGCUUCAGCUAGAAUGGUGUAGCUUUUCUGUUUUCACUUAACGGGUUCUACAUUAUUUUUUGACCACACUACAACAGACGUGGGCCGCAGCAGAUUCAGUAACCAACGAAAAUCGUCAAAGGAAACUAAUUAAAGGCAUCAUGGCGAGCCAGAGACCACCUUCCGGCGUUGCUAGGCCGAUGAGCCGGAGUGGAUCUGCGGUUCCUGGUGCUGGGAGACCCCCGACAGCAGUGCGACCUCCUCCCACCGCUAUACGAGUACCAACCGGGAUGGUUCCAACUACCAGUGGGCACCCAGGUAUGAGAGGGGCCAUCCCCUCUCCUGGAGUUCUGUCAGCAGCCAUUAAAGUGGCUGACAGGCCCGUCACCCAGCAGGGUCUCAGUGGGAUGAAGACGGGAAUGAAAGGGCCUCAGAGACAGAUUCUGGAUAAAUCCUACUACCUGGGUCUCCUCAGGAGUAAAAUCAACGAGCUGACCACAGAGACCAGCAAACUGCACAAAGAGAUAGAGAACUACAACCAGGAGAACUCCGUCUAUGUCUCCUACGAGAAAAGGGCAGAGGGUCUGGCUGCAGAGAUUAAGGACCUGCAGGGCCAGCUUGCUGACUACAACAUGCUGGUGGACAAGCUCAACACCAACACAGAGAUGGAGGAGAUGAUCAAUGACUACAACAUGCUGAAAGCACAGAACGACAUCGAGGCACGAAGCAUCGACAGCAUCUUCACAGAGAGGAGAGAGAGAGAAGAGGUCAUUCGGGCAAUCGAGGAGGAGAUCGGAAGGGAGAGGCAGGUGGCUGAGGAAGUCGUCCAGGCAAUGCCUUCAGCAAAGCGGGACAAAUAUUUCUCCAUGACAACAGCCAAUGAAGAACUGCUGCAGGAGCUUGCAGUCCUGCAGGAAGAAUUGGACGUCCUGGCAACCAGGAAGGAAGACUAUGAAGCAGAACUGUCUCACUCACAGAUAAAACAGGAAAUGGUUCGGCUUCACGAGACGUUGGCAUCGCUGGAGGGGAAGCGCAACGCCAUGGAGGACGAGGACAGGAGCCUGGGCUCCCCCCAGGAGGAGAGGGAGAAGCUGCUGAAGCAGGUGAAGGAGGACAACCAGGAAAUAGCCAGCAUGGAGAGACAGCUUACUGAGAUCAGAGACAGGAAGAGACAAAUUUCAGAGGACAUCCGGAAUCUGGACCAGGACUCGGAGGCAGCUCAGGGCGAGUGCCAACAGAAGUACAAGGAGCUGAAGAGGAAGGAGGAGGAAAUAGACAGGUUCAUGGACUCGUUUGAGGAGUCCAGAGCCGAGGAGCAGGAGAAACUGACCAGGAGCCAGGAGGACAUUGUCUCUCUGCUGGAGCACUGCAGCAGGAACAUGUUGAGGCUGCGCCACGUCGACACGGUGACCGCCAGCGAGCUGAAGAACAUGCAGGAAGUGCUGGUCAGCAAGGAGACAGAGGUGGUCCAAUCAGAGAGCACCGCCAGAGGCCUGACCACAGAGUCCCGCCGGCUGCAGCAGGACCUGGAGAAGGUUCAGCAGCUGGAGGGGAAGAUCGGCGGCGAGCUCAGCACCCUGAAGGAGCAGGUCAGCACCAUGGAAACAGAGCUGCUUACCUACAGAGACCUGGACGCCCUGAGGCGGAGCGCUGACGACAAGAGAAAGAGGCUCCAGGAGGAGCGACUGACCCUGAGUCAGCGCAGAGACUCCUUCCUCCAGCUGCUGGAGGAGAUGAACCAGAAACAUGAAGCCCUCAAGACCAAGCUGCAGGAGAACGAGACGCACGCUCAGCUGACCAACCUGGAGAGGAAAUGGCAGCACUUGGAGCAGAACAACUUUGUGAUGAAAGAGUUCAUCGCUUCAAAGACUCAGGAGAGCGACUACGAGUCGGUUGCUAAGGUGGUCUACCAGCAGGUGGCAGACUACAACAAGAGCCUUAUAGAGGCGCUACAGAACCACAGGAACUGACCUAUCUUCUCAUUAACUUUGCGUUCAGUAUGAGGUUAGCAAUACAGUUAAAGUUAAGGUUAGCUUUCUGGCAGCAUUUAAAUUGUUAAUGUCACUUCUGAUUGGUCAGAUUCUUUUCCCAAAUCAGUAGAAGCUUCACUUGUUCUUUGUCAAUAACAAUGACAGACACGUGACAUGCAUUGGACUGGGAUGAUGUGACGCUUAACAGAAUAUUUUCCAGAAAUUUACAUUCAUAAGUUGAUGAUUUCUGGUGAAUCUUGAAUAGAAAUAUGUUGGUUUACAUCCCAAGAAGCCACUGUUACAACAAUAAAGUCAAAGUAACUCAGAACAACUUCCAUUUUUUUUGCAUUUAUUGCUUAUAAUUAAAGAAAGAAAAAAAAAGAUCAUCGAUUUGCAUAAAAUCCAAAUUCCACUCUAGAAAUAUAUUUUUGACCUUUCCAAAGUACAGUAAACAUAACGGCUGAGGGUGGCAGCAGAGGGACAGUACGGCGUUGCUCAAACGGGCCGUUGGAGAGACGAGUCCUCAGUAUGUACACCGGACUUCCUUCUUGAUCUACACCGGCAGUCUGAGCGCUUCUGAUCUGGAGCUCAACACGACCUUCAGGUGGGAGGAAGGACGUUUGACCUGAACUGCUGGAGACAGAUCAGCAGCAGGUGGGGGACGGGUUUCUGGAUCGGAGAACAAUUUCCACCACUGGAAUCUCCCGGCAGUCACAUUCAGGAAUAACAGGCGUGAAUGCAUAGAUCAGUUGCAGUGACAGUAGGCUGACAAAUACACACACAAAUAAAAAAAUCAAAUAAAAGCAGCAUGUUGACGAAGCCCUGAAAACGAGGUGGUUGUAGGAUUGAACACUUCCUGAGCCCUGACCUGUCCAGGUUUAGAAUCACUACGCCGAACAACGAACACAAGCAGGAAAAGGUUUGAACCGACGCUCAUGAAGACAUUUCUCAGCUCCGUAGCUCUUAGUAGCCACUUAGUUUAAAGUCAAACAUAUGACAAAUAGAGGCUUUUUUUUUUUACAUGGGAAAGCUAAGUUAAUUCUACAGAUGCACCAAUCUACGACAGAUUUCCAGAGCUAGGAAAUAAAAACAGGAGCAGCUCAUUAUAACAAGAAAUAUUCACAUCUUAAAUGAUAUCAGAUGUGAGAAACUCAUCUAAUCGAGAAGUAAAAUUGUAAACAUGAAUUUUUCUCUUUUUAAAAGGAGAUAUGCUUUUUUUAACGAGAUAAAUCCCCACUAUGGGGUGACGCUACGUGCUUCAUGUCAUAAGAUGUUAUAAAAAUGUUGUUUUAAAUUAGGUUUAACCAAAAACAUUUAAACAAAAUCAAACUCGAUUGUAACUCUUGCUUUCAACCACGUCUGCACUGAAGUGAAAUCUCUAUAAGGAGAAAUUCAUUUAAACGACAUUGAACUCCAUUAUUGAGAAAUUUACUAGCUUUUGUAUUUCAAACGGCUACUGUGCAUUUUAUGUAGUUAUAAAAAGUCAUUUUAGAGAGAUAUAAUACUUGAUGUCCAAUUAAGUACUUAAAGUUUUAACAACAAAUGUUCUCUUUGUGAGAAGAGAAAAUCAGUGGGUCUCUUGGUGCAUCUCCAGUAAUCUGCUUCCACACUCCAACACUGGCUAACACCUUUAAAAAAAUACCAAUAAAAACAUUAAAAGAUGCCACUGUUUCAAAUCAAAGAGGGCUUUGAAGAACUUUCAAGUUUAUCAACAAAUAUGUUAUCAAGUGUCAGUUAACAAGACUGGUAUACAUAUGAAAAAUAAUAAUAAUAAUAAAGUACAAGAAGUUAAGAUUAGAUUCCACUCUGGGACUAAAGAGUCUGGUGUUCCCUCUCAGUGUACUAGUUUGAUCAGAAGACUGCGUCCUCCUCUUCAUCUUAAAAGUAUUUAAAAAAAAAAAA